AUGUGAGUUUGAACUUAGCUGUCGCGCCCUGAUUCGUGUUUAGCCAGUGUACCGGUAUGGACUGUUGUUCACAUUGCCCUUAUAUAGUUGAAUCUUGAAAUGCCUUGACAGAAGCAUGACAGCAAUAAAUAGGCAAGAUUAAUCAUGAAAUCAUAACUUGAUAAUGGAGAACACCGAUACCCACAAGGUCCUAUAAAUGUGUUGGUUAAACCUCCAUGAGUACCAUAAAUUUAGAGCUGUUGAAAAGGACAUUCACGAGUCACAUGUCUUUGUUUUUACUGAAAAAGAUAAAAAUCUAUAAAAACUUCAAUUUUUGUGGCUUGUCUGAUACUCACUUACCCAACUUCCACUUGUUCUCCCUUUGUAAAGGAAUACUACUUUCUAACAUCCUCUCCUUUUCUUCUUCCCAUUAGUACUACUCACUUCAGUUUCUCCUUGCAAAAAUAUAAUAAAAAGAAGUAUAAAAUAAGUUUGUGUUUUUUACUCUUUUAACUUUGGCUCUAAUGGAGAAACCCAGCAGCAUUUUGUGUCUUCUUCUCUUCUUCCUUACGCUUUCUUUCUCCGAAGGCCGUCACCAGUCUCACCACCCAGCAGCCAAACCCAGGUCUCAGAUCACUGUAAUUGGCACUGUUUACUGUGACAUUUGCUCCAAUAACACCUUUUCUAGGCACAGCUACUUUCUACCAGGAGUGGAAGUGAAAGUAGAUUGCAAGUUCAAGGCAACAGCACCAAGAACAGCAGAAGAAAUAACAUUCUCGGUGAAUCGAACAACAAAUGAAUAUGGAUGGUACAAAUUGGAAAUACCAUCAGUAGAUGGGAUAGAAUGUGCAAGAGGAGCAGCUGUUGAAUCAAUUUGCAGGGCAACUUUAAUUGGAAGUUCUACUUCUAAAUGCAAUGUCCCUGGUUAUCAGACUACUACUGAUGUUGUUUAUUUUAAGUCCAGGAAACAAAAUAUCUGUAUUUAUGGAUUAAGUGCUUUGAACUUCAGACCUUCCACCAAGAACAAGGAUUUGUGUGGAAAUUAGUAACCCUUAACCCUUCUUUUAGGUUAUUUGUAGUUUGCUUUCCCCUUUUCUUGUUUUUUUAUAUUAAUAAAAAACUAAAUUAUAUACUUUAA